AUGCCCGCCGAACGUCGCCAGUUCCAGCUCAACAAGCCCGUCAAGACUGAGCGUACCCAUGAAGAGAAUCAAGAACGAGCUUACAUUGCCGCCUCGCGCCGCAGUGACCGCAGUCUUGAAGCCCGCAUUGAGUCGGCGCGUCGAGCAUCGGAGAUUCAUAAGCGACGCACUGGUCGUGGCUUACGCGUAACGGAGCAGGAUGUCAUCAACGAAGAAAUGUACGAGGAAGAGGACGAUGAUUUGCCUACCCAGUAUCAGCGACUCAAUGCCCACUUGCACACGACUUCGGUCAUGUUUAACAAGAAGCUGCACGAUUACAUUGCCACUCAGCAUGGCGUAAGGAACAUGUUCAUGUCGCAGUACCAAACUCCGCCCUACCAGCAAGCUGCUGGUCCAAGUGCCGGCCCCAUGCCCCAGGCUCAAGCGAACAAUUGGCUCAAUCCAUCCAUGCUGCCGCCCCAGCAGAUGUUUAACCCAUCGAAUCCACAAGGAAUUCAACAGACGCAGCACUUUCCCUCCAGUCCUGGCGCACCGCAAGGGUUCCGACAGUCUCCCUACUACAUUCCGCAGCGCACCCACUCCCAUCAACGUUCGCUUUCGAUUCAAAUGCCGUCUACGGCCAACUUCGAAGCUGUUAGUCCCCAAGUCAAUAGUGCUGCUACUACUCCACAAGGAGAGACAACCCGUAGGAUGUCGCUGCCACCUCACGCAUUCCAACAGCAGGCGAACACUCCAGUCGAUGUGAAGCCCCAGCAGCUUGCGCUAUCACAGUCGCAAUCGCCUGUUUUGCACCAAUUGUCGGCAUCACCCCAGGUUGCAUCGUCCAAUGACGGUUCUGUCCAUCAGUCUCCACUCGCGUCAACUGAGGCUGGCACGCCAAAUUCGAUGACAUUCAGUCCAGUCAACUAUCCUUACAGCUCUCAGGUGCUGAAUUCAAAUCCUUUGACCAUGUCCAUGCCACCAGAGACUCAACAGUUUAUUGGUUCAGCCAUGGACCCCGAUGAUCCUCGCACCGCUCUUUUCAUGUCUGGCAGCGACAGCCUUCCCCAGCCCUUUGCUCCUACCUACACAUACAAUCCUAACCCCAAAACCCGUAUCGCAUCUUCAAUGGCCAAUUUGGAGCAGCCUGCAGGAUCCGCCCAGACUCUCUCUCCCGACCUAAGCCUCAAGCUUGAGAAUGAGGCCGACACAGUUCCGUCUGAUUUGACUUCCAUCUCGGCGGGUUUUUACAACACCGAUUCUUUCCUCACACCCGGUAAUGGCGAUUAUAAUGCCUUUUUCGAUUUCACAACUGGCGACAGCAGCUACAAUGGGGAUGACCAUGCUGGUACCGACCAACUCGAUGGCAACAACUUUGUCGACUGGGACAAGUGUUGA